CAGGCUUGCGUAGCGGCACCGCCCCCGAGGACGCAUAAACAACCUGUCGGUGCUACGGCAGCUUGGGUCAAUGCAUCGAAUCGGCGGCUGGGCUUCGGGGAGAGAUGGACAUCAGCGAGCUCUUCGCCAGCUGUAGGAAGGGAGAACUCUCCAGAGUGCGCUAUCUGGUUGAACAAAGGGAUGUGGAAUUAAAUGUAAAAGAUAAGUGGGACAGUACCCCAUUAUACUAUGCAUGCCUGUGUGGACAUGAAGAACUCGUUCGAUAUUUACUUGAAAGUGGAGCAAAAUGUGAAAUCAAUACGUUUGAUGGGGAACGAUGUUUGUACGGUGCAUUGAAUGAUUCCAUUCGAAGAUUACUGAAGGACUACAAGCAGAUCACUGCCAAGUGUAUGCAGAGGGAUUAUUAUGAUGACUUUCUCCAAAGGUUAUUGGAACAGGGACUUUACAGUGACAUUUCCUUCCUAGUUCAUGGUGAGAUGUUCCGAGCCCAUUGCUGUGUGCUGAAUGCACGCUCAACGUAUUUUGCAGAAAUGUUUCAGACUAAGUGGAAGGGAAAGAAGGCGAUAGCCCUUAAGCAUCCACUGAUUAAUCCAAUGGCCUUCAGGGCAAUCCUGCAGUAUUUAUACACAGGCCGCCUAGACAUUGAAAUGGAAAAUGUGGAAGAUUUUAAAAUCUUGGCAAAGCAGUGCAAAUUAGAAGAGCUUAUCGGUGAAGUAGAAAGGAAAUGCAAGAAAGUGUACGAGUUUGUCUCUUCAAAACCUGGGACCUGGGUGAAAAUCUUAACUUUGGAACCUCAAGAGAAUUGCAGACUACAAGACGAUUUGGCCAUGCUUGCAGAUUGUGCCCUGCCACCUGAGCUCAGGGUUGGAUUUGGUGAGCUACCUUUCGACAGCACAGACAACUUCAGCAGCUACCCAGACCUGAGCUUCAGAGUUGAAGGCUACAUCUUCCUUUGUCAUAAGGCAUUUUUUUGCAGUCGUAGUGAUUACUUCAGAGCACUUUUGCAGGACCAUUUCUCUGAGAGUGAGCAGCUUCAGAGUCAGCCCAGUAUUCCCAUGGUGACACUGCACAAUGUGACAGAAGAAAUCUUCAUUCGAGUCCUCUACUACAUCUACAGUGAUGAAACCGAGUUAUCCCCGGAAAAUGUGUAUGAGGUGCUGUGUGUUGCUGACAUGUAUCUUCUGCCAGGCUUGAAGAGGCUAUGUGGAAAGACCCUUGCAACCAUGCUGACUGAGGACACCGUAGUCAGCAUCUGGAAGACAGCAAAACUCUUCAGACUUUCCCGGCUGGAAGACCAGUGUACAGAAUAUAUGGCUAAAAUCAUCGAGAAGCUUGUGGAAUCAGAGGAGUUUGCUCAAGUGGUAAAAGAGGACGCUACAGCUGUAGAGGCCCGCCAGGAGACCGACUCUAUCCCCCUUGUAGACGAUAUCCGCUUCCAUGUCACUAGCAACGUACUGACUUACAGUGCAAUCGAGGAAGCUAACCAGAAACUGAAAGCUCUGGAUGAACUCCUGGCUAGACUGGAACUUGAGUGUUGAAUUGCUUUGCAGUUGUGACUGGCUGCAUCGAAGGCCUUGGAGAUCAGCACUGAAUCCAGUGAGCCUUUGCUCUGGCAAUACUUUAACUUGUUUUGUAAGCUUGACUGCAUCUUUACACGAUAAGAAUCAAGGAUAUUUAUGAGACAAGAUGUGCCCCAUUUCAUUGGAAGUUUAAAGCAAUAAGGUAGAAAUUUUACAAGUGUUCCAGCUAGCACAAUUACCCAAUUUCAACAGUCAAUAUUUUCAGCAAAAUAUUUCGAGCAUCAGGAUUGGUACUUCAGUUUACUGCAUUCUUGUUAGACAUCUGUUGUGAACUGAAUAGCCACUAAAUGCCACCAAAUUCUUGACAGUGUGCAUCUUAACCAGCAUUUGAAUAAAAAAAGGCUAAAUAUUAACACCUUAUCAAUCAUAAUCUGUUAUGAACAUCUGAUCCUCAUCCUCAUCCAAAACGUUCCUUUGGUUACUUUUUCCUCUUUCAUUGUGAAGCGUUGAGUUUGUGGUGUUUUCUGUCCUUUUAUUUAAGGGAUUUAUCAUUUGCUGUUUUUUUUAAACCUCUGCUAUGAAGAUCCAAAGUUGUUGAAAGUUUGCACAAGAAAACAUUGGUCCUAGGAAUGAGCACACUAACAUCAUGGUGCUGUUUUUAUCAUUUAUAUAACAGUAUUGGUAGCUGCACCAGCCCGGCCCUGUGUUACUGUCUGGCAGGCCAAAAGAAAAUGUUGGCAGGAAAGCUGAACGUCUGCUGUUGCUGAGAUUUCUUGACGAUCAGUUCAAUUUUGGUUUAUAGCUUGGGGCCCAUGUGACGCGCGUCAAGUAUUAAAUCCCUAAAGGAGCAGCUACGUGUGAUGAAUGUGGGAAUGGAUCACUUAUCUACUAAUGACUGGAUAUGGGCGAAGUAUAGUGCUGUUAUUUUUCCCUCCAAGUUGAAAUUGAUUAUUCCAUUUUUACCUAUUUUGCUUAACCUCUUGAUAAACACUAGAGAUGUUUGAUUAUGCACUUUGGCCCAGAUUCUGUACUGUUACUUACGCAGGCCCACAGGUAAUUAGGUCCACCGAGCCUACUCUUCUCAUUGUUAGUCAUGGCAUCUUGAACACUUUAAUCUUCAAUCUGUAUCUGGUUUAUAAUAUUACUUAGCUGCCCCCUUUGAGCUUGUGAGUAUGGAGCUUUCCAUGAUGCCGUCACUCUUUCUCAGAUCAUUCUGCAGGGAUGCUGAUAAUGAAGAGGGUGCCACUGUUUACCUCAUCCCUGAGUGUGAAUUGGCCAACCUCUCUUCACGUACUGAACCUUUCUCCUGUCCUCUCCACAUAGCACUGCCCCCAUCACCAGCACCAGAUUAUAUCGAAUCGAACCACUCAUACUAGUGCCCAAUUAACCCUGAGAUCAUAUAAUAGCAGCUCACUCUGCACCUCCGCAUUAAGCCACCUGAGUAACUAAUUAUAGCACUUCUAAUUUCGAUCAUUUUGGAUUCCAGAUGCUAAAGUCCACUGGUUCAAUGAUUCCAUUUAAUAUCAUAGAAGGUAUACAGUAUACAACCUGAAAUUCUUACUCUUCACAGACAUCCACAAAACAGAAGAAAACCCUGUAGAAUGAAGGACAGAAAAAUGUUAGAACCCAAAGCCUCCUCCCAUGCACAAGCAGCAGCAAAGGUUCAAUCCUCCCUCCACUUGUUCCAGCAGAAGAUCAGCACCCACCACCCACCAAGCAA